AUGGCGCCCGACUACGACUAUACCAAGAAGAGCGCACAGCGCGGGUUUGGUUUACAAAUUGUCAUUGCGUUCUUGUUGGGGCUGUCAAGUGUUCUGAUCUUUAGUAUCUGGCGGCGACGAUGGCCCCGGCUGUACGCGGCGCGGAUGUUUAGGCGCCCAGACCUUCCGCAAUUGCCUCCCACGCUGUUUGGCUGGAUCAAAACUGUGCUGCGAAUCAGCGACUCUCAGGUCUUAGAAUACGCCGGAUUGGAUGCAUACGUGUAUUUGACGUUUUUCAAAGCGAGCUUUGAUCUUUUUUGGCGACUUGCUGCUAUGUCGGUCUGUGUUAUUGGCCCUCUUCGGUGGUGGUAUACGGGCCAAUAUGAGGAAGGAGACGACGACCGGAGUCUAUCAGGUGACCGACCUCAUAAUGGCGAUAGGACAGUUUUAUUUGGAAAUUUUUUAUGGGUAUACCUCCUGUCGUGUGCCGUGUUUACGUAUCUCACGUUAAGAAUCUUUACCCGUUAUACCUACCGAGUGGUCAAAGUUCGUCAAUUGUAUCUUGGCCAGCAAAAGACAAUUACUGAUCGAACACUGUGCAUCACAGGGAUUCCACGAAGCAUGUGCUCCAAGCAAGCCUUAAUUGAGUAUGUGGCAGGGCUUAAUGUGGGUGAACCAGAAUCGGUUGUUCUUUGCAAAAUUUGGUCCGAAUUGGAUCAUUUAAUGGCUAAACGGGAGGAGAUUGUUCUGAAACUAGAGCAUUACUGGGCUGAAUUGCUUGGUCCUACUUUCAUCAACGACUUGGAACCACCAGUUCACUCUCUUGUGCUGCGUGAAACUCCAGAGGAAAUUGCUCAGCAGGCAGUAGAGCAUCGUAGAAGUAGACCCAGAGGAAGAACUGGUUGGCUUGGACUUAAAGGCCCUACAGUGGACUAUAUUGACCAUUAUACGACCCAGCUAAGUGAUAUUGACAAACUUAUUUCUCGUGAACGGCAGCGCACAGAUAUCCCAAUCACCAAUGCGGCGUUCAUGACCAUGGAUAGCGUUGGAUCUUGUCAACUAGUGGCUCAGUCAGUGCUUGAUCCGAAACCCCACCGUUUAGUCGCCAAGCUAGCUCCUUCGCCUCGGGACGUUGUAUGGGGUCACGUUUACUUGCCAUCGUUUGAAAAAGCGCUACGGGGGUACGUGAUAACAUUUAUUUUUAUUUUGACAUCAGCUUUUAUGCUUUAUCCUGUCAAAAUUCUUGCGAGUUUGUUGGAUAUGAAUAAGAUUGAGAAUUUUUUGCCUGGACUCGCGAGAAUUAUUCGUAAAAGUGAAUGGCUUGAGACAUUUGUGACCCAGGUUUUACCAACUUUUGUUUUCACGUUGUUCAACAUUGUUGUGCCAUACUUUUACGCUUGGAUGUCCGACUUCCAAGGCUUUAUUUCCAGCGAGGAUGCAGAGUUGGCAUCUGUGGCCAAAAAUUUCUUUUACGUGUUUGUGAACUUGUUCCUGGUGUUUAUGAUCGCCACGAAUUACCUUUCUUUGCUGGACACUACACAAAUUGCCGUCAAGCUUGCCGAUACACUCAAGCAACUGUCCGCAUUCUACACCAAUUUAAUCAUUCUCCAAGGUAUGGGCGUAUUCCCAGCACGGCUUCUCCAGGCAGGGUCUCUACUACAGUUUCCGUUUUUUGUUACCCACUGUAAAUCUGCAAGAGAUUAUUUGAAUCUCUAUAAGCCGGCGACCUUGAAUUAUGGUGUUAUCCUUCCCACACCGCUGUUGAUGUUUAUGAUCAUGCUCAUGUACAGUGUGAUUUCAAUCAAAAUCCUUGUUUUCGGAAGCAUAUAUUUUGCGAUUGGAUACUGCGUAUUCAAGUACCAGUUCAUUUAUUCUAUGGUGCACCCCCAGCACUCAACUGGCCGCCUCUGGGCCUCAAUCUACCGCCGCGUUUUGUUGGGGCUUUUGCUGUUCCAUUUAUCAACUAUGGGCGUUCUCGUGUUACAAAAGGCCUACACUAUGGCGGCAUCAAUUAUCAUUUUGAUGAUUGUCGUAGUGGUUGUCUGGCGCGAUUUUGAGACAUCAACCGUGCCUUUGCUUCGAUUUAUUGCCCUGAAAGCAGCCGAAGAGAGUGAGAGCACCGAGCCCUAUCGAGAUAGUCCUCUGGACACUACGCCCGAUGUGGAGCAAGUCUCUGAGCUGAACUCUGCCCUCAUGGAUAAUGAUUCAGAAAGUUCCCGGUCUAGCGGGCGUCUUGUUUCGGAAUUGCGUCAUUCCAGAUCACAAACACUAGACGAGAAUCGCGAUUUCAAUCGCCAGUACGUCAACCCCAACGUCACCUGUACUCUUAAUGGCCCCUGGAUCGGAGUGGAAGGCACCGAGUACGUUGUAGCCAACCCCCAGGGUAUGGUACGCCGUCAACUUAAUUUCGACGAGUGGGAGUAG